AUGGGCUCUGGUGUCGUGCAGAAGCAAAGUGGUGAGUAGAUCAUGAUAAGAGAGUUCGAGGGCAUGCGACUUUAAAACAACACUUCUCUCUGUGGUUUCUUAGCUUGUCCAGAUGAUGUGCAUGACAGGAACUGACCAGAUUGACUUUUUUCAGCCAAAAAAGUUCAAAGUGCACAUGCAUGAUUUGCAGAAUUGUUUCAAGAGGCAAGUGUUUUAAAACUUUUUCUUCAUCAAAAUGUUAUUUUUCUGCAAAUACUUUAAAAGAGGUGCAAAACUUUGCAGGAGAGAUAAGCCUCCACCAAAGUGAAGAAUGCAGAGCUGCACUGUCGUCAUUUUAUUGACCAAAAAACAACCAUGAGUUUGGCAAACAGUUUUUCAGCAGAAAGUAGGAGGAGGGUUUCAAAUGCACAUUUUGACACUCAGCACUUGUUGCUGUUUUUAAUCCUGUAUUUUGACUGCAGUGUCAACAUGUAUCUCUUUCUUCAUACUUUUAUUCCAAAACUGAAAAACAAGGGUGGAAACAAUCUUUUGACAAAAAAAGCAUCCACAUUUGUUGCAGCCAUUGCAGAAGGGCUGCACCGUAGCGGACUUAAUUUUAAUGUUUUGUUGUCAUGGAUAGUUUCUUUGGUAAUAUGCAUGACUGAAACUUUUGCAUGAAUUUUAAAUAAACUCCUGCUGUUCUCCAAGUAACCCCCAGAGGUGAAAGUACCUUGACUAAAAAGAAUCAAUUAAUAUCAGAACUUUUAUUGAACAUUUUAUUUCACAAGAGGAAAAGAAAAGAUGUUUGAUAUGCAGAUUUUUAUUAGAUGAGUUAACACAUUAUGUAAACAAUUUCAAAAACCUUUGAGUUCGUGACUUAAUCCCGAAUAAAUGACGGUAAAUGAAGACAAAGAGGUUUCGAUCUUUCACCAAAACAGUCCUUAAUGAAUCCCAGCUGCAGACACUGAAAAAGACAUAUUUCUCAUGUCAUAACAAAAUUUCCUUCCAUGGUGCCAAAUCCUGAAUCCCCAUGUCGCUCCUUGUUAAGAUCUGCAGCAGCAAACGCUCCGUAGUGUGCAGAGAUUCUCCUCAAAUCCACAUUUGUGACUAAUGAGUCCCUAUGAAAUCCUCCAGAAGACAGUCCUGAGCAGGUACGCCGUGACCUUCGCGCUUGCUGCUGCUGUCUGGCAUUUCCUCAGGAAUUCAGGACUAAUGGAGCAUCAUCCGGUCUCAAUUACAGCGUCAGUUUGGCUUCUGACGUUUGCACCCAGUGGCUGAGAGGAGAGAGGCGUUAGAGGAUGAUUAGAGGGUCUGCGUGGAGCCAUUAAGUACCACUGACUCUCAUUCAACUUAACAGCAUGUGACGGCAGCAUUAGACUGUUUAAAUGCAGCAGAUUUACCAAAACCAGGCCAGAUCAGUCAUAUCCAAAGAGAGAUUGCACACCAAGAGAAACGGCAGAAACUUGUAAAAUUACACUUUGAAAUUUGGGAAAAGAGGACGCGCAUUGUUGAAAUUAGGUUUUAAAAAACAGGGCGUCAAAAGGCCCCAAAAUAUGGUCACACAAAAAUCUAUUAGCAAAUGCACUGCAAAAAAAGGCAGUGCAGCAAAGUAUCUAGGAAUACUCCAAAGAGUAAAACAAAAAAAAAAUAAAUAAAAUAAAAAAAUAAAAGGAAAUUAACAUUUUUGGCAUCACACGGUGUGCAAACAAAGAAUAAAACCAUAACAGGUUGUUGUAGACUCAACAAGUUCCAGUGUCGUCUCCCUGCAGCCUUUUGAUGCUAAUGGACCUGAACAGCUUCAGGAUAAAAACUAUUUCCAGGUCAGACUCUGGUUUUGGGCACCUCAGGUUGACCUGCUGUCAGAAUUCAUCACUUCAUGGCACAGAAAUUUAUAUCACCAUUUCAGCCUUCCCUCACCCCCUGCCUAAGCGCCCCACUUUUGACUUUUUACACACAACUGUAAAGGUUUGAAGUGGUUUAGUGCAGGAAAAGGGAACUUACAGAAGCCGCUUUUAUGUCCAUUAGUGCGAUUUAUGUUCCUGUAAGGAUACAGUAGGUAAUUGUGAGCACCUGUGAGUGUUUCACAGCUCAGAGUUCAGAGGGAGGGGAGGGAGAAUGAUCAGAAUGUGCGAUAAAAUACUUCUCUGGUUAAGUAUGCAGAGACAGGCUUCAUAAAGACAUCACAACAUGAAGAGAAAGAGCUGCAGCAUCUAUCCUGAAACACCACAGCUGAAUCUUUUCGGGCUCUUUUAAUGUUUAAGCAUUUUCAUCUUAUAACAUUGGAUAUUUCCCAGUUCUAAUUCUGCAGUCCCAGGAUCGAAGGUGUUUCUGAUUUGCUGUGAAAACUUGGACCGUUUUGAAGAAAAUGAGGUUAUUUCUUUUCGUUUAUUUGCAUGCAUCUACCUCACACACCUCCAAGCACUAGGUGGAGCAAAGUGCAAACACAAACAGACGUGUUUACAGAGAGAAAGAAAGAGUGUAAUCAGCUGCAGGUGUUGCUGCUUGUUUGUGCCUGUUGUUGUACAUUUUGGACUUUGUAGGAAUAAUGUUUGGUGAGUCUAGGAAUAAUUGUAUGGUUUUGUUUGAGCGUAGAUCAAAAGGAAAUGGCUCAGUGUUUUACACUCAGUAAGCAGCCGUGGGUCAUGUGGUCUGACGGUGAGCUGAGGGUUUGUUUGUUUGUUUCUACCAGCUCAGAUGGAUUAAAGUCCAAACCCAGUUUCAGUUUCAUUUGACCUGCUUUACUUUCAGUCGUAUCCAAAAACUUGGCUCAUUAAUUUGCUGUGUCUUGAUUGGUUGAAGGAUAUACAGUGUAAAAGUGAAAGAGCUCUUAAACGAGUUUAUAAUAUGAUUGAAUCUCUCACCUGAUUUUCACUUUACUUGUCAAGUUGACCCAGAUCUGUCAGACUGUCGAGGUUUAUGAGACUCUGGACUUACACAACGGCAAAACAUGAUAUCAGUAUUUGGGCUUCACACCCUCAUGACGGUCACCAUGGCAACAAAGUCAACAAUGUGGACAGUCUUUAAAAGUCACAAAGCUCUAAAAGACGAGAAAAACCUUGGUGCCGGUGUCGUCGCCCCCCUUUUUGUUUUUGAAACUGUGGUCGCCAUGUUUGCUCAAGCUGACACAGCAUAAUUUUCAGUUGACCAAUUAGAGUCCAGCCUUUAGCCUCCUGCCUCUGAUUCGCCAAUCUGGUGACCAUAAGUAAAAUGAAGACAGGGGUUCAGUACAGUGGAUCUUGUUGGAGCCUUUUUUUACCAGGCUGUAAAUGUUUUCAUCCUCGCUCUAACAUUAGCAUUCAGUCUUUACAAAAUUAAAUUAUGGACGACUGACGACUUUCUGCAAAUCAACAUUGAUAAAUCUGAAAAAGAAAACCUGAUCAUGAAUAAUCUGGACAAAGAGACAAAUUAUCGAAAGCCAUCAGCGUCACUUUUCCCUCCAAGCUCGAUGAAAUGUCUGUCAAAUGUUGGAAAAAUAAUGUACCAGCCCUUUAUUUUCUCGAUCUAAUCUGCUCUCUGAACCUCAUCAGUGUUUCCUCCUGUGAGCUCAUCUCCAGCGUGGAAUCUCUCCUUCAAACACCAGCAUGUUCCCCUGAAACCCCACUAAGGCUUGUCCCACCUGGUGCUUGUUAAAACCUGGUGCAAUCCCAUGCAAGGUCAAAGGUCGCCGUUUUACGCCACCUAAACCUGCCACGCCUCCGAAAGUCCUUCUAAGCCUGUAGAUCGAUUGCACAUGUGCAGAGAGACAAAAUGAGCCUCAAAGUGAAGCUCUCAGAGAUAUUGGGAGGAAAUCUGCUCCUCUCUAAUCCACAUUUAGUCCUCACCUUGUCUCACUUAUCUGUAACUGUGCUAAAAUAGAGAGGCUUGACAAAAAUCUCUAACAUGUGCAGGGCCAGAGGUCAAUGUUUAGCGCUUCCUAAAGGCUGAAAGGAAAAAAUCACUGUGUCUGAAACUUUUCCUCUUCACCUAUUUUUGCUUUUGACUGUCUGAGCGGAUCUACUCUUGAUUUCAGCUCAAAAAAGGGUCUGAAGGUGUUUCCCAAGAUGCGGAUUGAUUCUUUCUUUCACAUUUCGGUGCAGAUCUUUCAGAACAGGUCGACAGAGUGGGUUUUAGUUCAAAGACUGGUCCAGUCUGAGCUGGAGGUGCAGCUUUAUGGUGCCAAAGUUGUUAAAAUCCCAAAAAAAGUCUGCCUUUUGUUGCCUUCAGUUUCCAAUAAUCCUCUGCAUGCUGGCCUGGGUUUUAUAAAGGUUGAAGUGGUUUUUGCCCGCACUUCAAGCCUCAUGCAAAAAUACUGAGGAUCUUGAAGUAUCUGGUCUUAAAUUGCAGUUUAAGUCCAGCUAUUCUGAAUUUUUGGGAUUAAAUAACAGCUGCAUUCAGAUUAAGUCAUUUUCUGAACUGCACCACAUGUACCCCCAGAUAAACCAAAGACCUGGUACAGGAAGAAUCUACUGGAAGCUGAUGUAAUUGAUAAUCUUGUUAUUUGUCUCCUGAAGUCAGUUAAGCCUCAAACAGUCAUUUAAAAGAGUUUUAGUCCUGAAACUUCAUGUCUUAUUAGUACAGCCGGGUCAUGUUCAACAUCUGAUUGGUGGUGAACCACAAUCCAAUCACAUGACGACCCUUUUAGAGGCUGAUCUGAUGCUAAGGUAACUAUUGCUUCUUGUGGAGGACAUGAGAUCCAGUUUAGCAGAAAAGGCUCAGUUCAGGGAUCUUAUACAACAACCAGAACAAGAGCAAAUCCACGAAACCAGAAUCCAGAUAAUUGGACACAAACCUGAAUGCACAAACACCGGAAACACUGGAGUUUAUAUCUGAGUCAGGCUAAUUACAAAAGAGACACAGGUGCGGAGGAAAAAGGCGAGAAACAAAGAAACAGCAGGAAUUCACAAAAACACCAGGAAAUGAACACAAACUAACAGAGUUUAAGAAUUUAAGGACCAAUGACUUAAAUUUAAAGAGGAGCACUUGGACUUACAGGGGCCUUUGUGUGUGUGUGUGUGUGUGUGUGUGUGUGUGUGUGUGUGUGUGUGUGUGUGUGUGUGUGUGUGUGUGUGUGUGUUUAAAAAAAAUAGAGUAUAUAUUAUAAUCUAUGUUUUGAAAGUGUUUAGAGCUCCAUCUAUGGCUGUCUGCAGAAUAGGUCAUAAUUCCCUCCUCCUCCAUGUAAACAGAUGGAACAAAUAUCAAGCUAUCAGAUUAAAAUAAAAUUCUGAUCAUAUUUCCUCCAACAUGGUUUCUGCCAUUAUAGAUCAAUGUAUUAAAAUAACAGAAAUUAUUAGGCCGUCUUAAACAUCUGCAUGUUUUAAAAAAGUGACUAAAAUCCAAUGGUUUGAAGCCCUGAUGAUAUUUGAAGGUUUUGACCUGACCUUUAGAUGCCUUGCCUGCACCAGGAUUGUGUAUCCGAGCCUUUAAGGGCAUCGAGAACUGAGAUAUGUGUUCAGCAGCAGUUCCUCUGAGGAUGCAAGCAAGUACACCUUGUAUCUGAAAACUUUAAAGCAGCUGUCGACAAGAGAAGAGUGUUUGAUAUUUAAGAGACUUUACAAAGAGAUGCAGACAGCCUCAGGUUCUGACAGACCACUCAGGGUGAUAGUGAAGAAAGCGUGCUGAUAAAAACUGCUGUCUUAUGUAACAUUAACUAGAACAAGUCCUGACUAGAUCCCACUCAUGGUUGUUGAACUCCUCUGUCUGUCAAUCUCCUGAUGAAUUUCUCUCUGAGUGAUUGAUCUGGAGAAACCAGAAAACAAACCUGUGGGCUGCUGAUCUGGAGUCAGCGGUUUGGUGUUUGUUUGAAGACCUUUCAGCACCUACUUUUGUUAAAGUCUGCUCUAUUUUCAUCCUGAUGGUUCUUUCAAAUAUGUGAUGUCAAUUUUUUCAAUCAGACAUGAUACAUGAGACUGUGAGGGUCUGCAGGUGAUCAGCGGGUCUGUCUGCAGCAGGAGAAGCUCAUGUUCAUCUGUGUUUUUGUCUUCGCUCUGCAGCACAGAUGGCCACAAACAGUCAGACCAUAAAGUCCAUAAAAAUGUAGUUUAUGCAUCAAUUUAUGUUAUUUUUCUACAUUUUUAAACACUUUAUGGGUUAUGUAGGAUUUCAAAUCUAAGUUUUAGGGUCUCAUUUUUUUGAUUUCAUAAUGCAUCUAAUAUUUCCAAGUCAGGACCGCAUCAGCCCAGGUCUCUUCUCCUACAGAGCCAUGCUGUUGUAAUCCCUGUUGUCAGAAUGUGGUUUGAGAUCAUAUGGAGGUCUUCCCUGAAAAACUCAUUGUCUGGAUGGCAGCAGAUGUUGUUCCUAAACCUGGAGAUAUUGUUUAAAACUGAGGAUGCAGCAUCUAUGAUUUCUAGUUCUUCGUUGAACGGUUACCCUUUCCAAAAAAAGUGUUAGAUUUUCAUUCAUCAGACCUCAGGACAGUUGACGGAGAUGUCAAUGUCAGCUUUAUUUAUAUAGCACAUUUAAUACAGCCAGUGGCUCGCCAAAGUGCUUUACAGUAAAAAAAAAAAAAAAGCAAGAAACUAUAAAAACAAUCAAAGCAUAAAACAUAUAAAAACAUAAAACAAUAUAGAUAAACAUAGCAAAAAUGAUCCAAUAAAAGUAAUACAACCCCAAAGGCUAAAGUGAACAGGUCUGUCUUAGACGUGUUUUAAAAGUGGAGAGGCUAUUUGCAGUGUGCACUGUCAGGCAUAAAGCAUUACACAAAGUGGGAGCCACAACAGAAAAUGCUUGAUCUCCCUAGAUUUUAAAAAGGAUCGAGGAACGUCAAAAACCACCUGAUUAGCUGAUCUCAGGGCUCUGGAGGGCUGAUGCAGUUAACCAAGGUGAGACAAGUAUUCCGGGGCCAGCUCAUUCAAAGACUUAAAAACAAAUAAAAGAAUCUCAAUAUUGACCCUGUACCUAACAGGGAGCCAGUAAAGUGAGGAAAGCACCAGAGUUAUGUCCUCCUGUUUCUUAGUCCCAGUUAGGAGACAAGCUGCAGCAUUUUGAAUGAGCUCAAGCGGUUGAGCUCUGACUUACCAAUGUCAACAUACAGGGAAGUGCAACAAUCUAAAUGAGAUGUCAUAAAAGCAUGGAUAACUUUUUCAAGGCCCUUCUGGCUUAAUGUGAUUAACUUUGGCUAAAAAAAAGGGAUAUUAAGCCCAUGCAGUGACUCCAACUGCAGAGUCCUGAUACUCCUGAUGCUAUUGUUAAGCAUUCAUGGAUAUGGGAGAUACCCACUUCACGUGAGGUUUGAAUAUAUGCAACUUUAUGUGAGUGUCUUUAUUUUGAAGCAGGGGUUGCAGCAUCCAUGAUUUCCCCCCCAAAAAAAAGUCCAACAGGGCUGCACGAUUUUGGCCAAAUAUAAAAUCCAGAUCUAUUCUAUGAAAACUCCAUUUUCAAUUUUGAUUCACAACUUCACCAUUCUCCACUUCAAUAAAAAGUUUUGAUAUCACCCCUCAAAAUAAAACCUCUCAAAACGAUGAGGUGCAUAUGCCAAGCCAGCAAGUGGCGCUGUAAUGCUGCUCAGGAAAUGCACAAAAGACAGAAGAAGAGUACAAAUACUGUGUAUAAAGGUUGUUUUGGCCAGACACUUGUAGGCGCCAUAAAAGAGUUACGCUGUGUGUCACAUGAUCAUUUCCAGAGAUGCAUAUAAGCAUCCACACGAAGAUAAAAUGGUAGUCGUGUACGGAUUUAUUCACUCUCUGAGCCAUUUUCAUAAAGUACUGUUUACAGUCACCUGAAUAGAGCCCAUUGUCUGGAUGAAAUGCAGCAGAUGUUGUUCCUAAACCUGGAGAUAUUGUUUAAAACGUGUGGUGGUUGAUUUUGCCUUCAGACAGACUUUUUAUGUGGGUGUGGUUUGCUCCUCGUCCAAAACUGCAAAGCUGUACCAAUUCCACACGACUGAUCUUGCUCUUGUACUACUUAGCCAUGAAAUUAUCGCCAUCUUUCGCAAACUUUACACUGGUGUGUGUGGGAACUGGGGAGCGCUCCCGCGGGAAGGGGGAGCCUACGGUUGCCUGGAGGCGCGAGACAUGAUAGAGAGAAAAGAGAAAAAUAUUUUUUUUGUUGACGAUUUAAAUUUUUUUAACAUUGUCAUAAUCAAAUAAUCUUAUAAUGAUUUAAAAUCGAUUAAUCGGCCUAGUCCAGCAUUUCUGGAUCAUGUUUCUUCUGUGCUCGGUUCAGUUUGAACCUCAGGAAAUAGCCUGUGCUCACAGAAAAUGGUUUUUGGACCUUACUGCCAUCCCUUGCAGUGAUUUAUUCUGGAAUUGCUGAACUAUUUCCUCAUCCUGUCUCUCACAGAGCUGUGAAACUCUGCUCUUAUGCUCAGUCAUGAUACUAACCUGAUGCUAGUUAAUGUAAUUAGUUGGGAAAUGUUCCUCCAGGUGUUUUGUGUUUAGUAUUACACAACUUUUUCAUUGGAUGUGUUAAACCACCCUGGUGAACAUGUCUGAAAAAGUGUUGCUUACAUCAGAUUCAAAAUUAUUUUCAGGUUUAAUGGUUUCAGACUUUAAAUGAAUUUCAAACCAUCAAAAUCUUUUUAAUCAACAUUUUGCACAGAGUCCAACCCUCAUGGAGUUUAAGUUUUAAAAGUUCUGGUCAAUUAACUUUUUAAAUGUGUCGAUAAUAAUGUAAAAAUGAACCUUAAAAAGUUGUUUUCCUCUUCAUUAAUGCUGACAAACUGCGUGAACUUUGACCUUUCAUCUCCUGAAUUCAUUUUAAAAUCUCUUCAGUGGCUUAAACACACACACACACACACACACACACACACACACACACACACACACACACGCACACACACCUCCAGACAUGCCGAAAAGUGGUGGGCAGUCAGCCACAGGUAUUUUGUCAGGAUCCGACUCGAUUGUUCAGACUCACGCACACUCGCCGGCUGCUCUUCAUCUCCGAGCUUCAGCUCAUCUUUCCAUCCCUCCAAACCUCGUCCCAUCCCUCUUUCCAUCCCACCUUCCUGUCUUUCCACAUCGUCUCUAAUCCCCAUCGGAUGGAGAGCAUUCCGACUUCUUCUGUUGGGACUUUGCUGCUCACAAUAAGAUCAAACCAUACUUAGUCAGUAUUAGACAUAAGCCUGACAGCCAAGCCACCAGGACAUGUGAGAUUUAUCCUAAAACCUUGAUCUACUCUAUUCAAUCUGUGUGGCAGAGAAAAAAAGCUGAAUUCAUGAAGUAAAGAGAGAUUCAUGUGAAGGCAGAGGGAGUGAAAGACCUAAAACAGAAUGUGAUACAAUGUGUUUGUUUCUCUUUUUACACUGUGUGUUAAAUCAUCUGUCAAAUAAUCCUUUCUAAAGAAAAACAAACAAACAGAUGUAUGCAGAAUUUCAGUUAAUAGUUUUGCUUUUAUUCCACAUUUCCUUUGGUAACCCAAAAGAGGCGUUGGUCCAGCUGUCCUUCAUCCCCUUUGAUAAGUAGCAAUAGAUUUCUUCAUAAAAUUCGUCCAUGUUUUCUCCGAAGAACUUUAAUCCCAUGAAACCUUAUCCGGCGAAAACGGCGUCUGUAAUGUCCAGACCAACCACAAUCUUCUACGUCAUCCCAACUAACUUUCAGCCAAUCAUAUAGCAUGACAUCAUCAAUAGGCGCCGGGCCCCGAGCUUAUCUGGCAGCCAGAACAUAUCUGGUACCCACACCAGUUCAUUUUCUGACAAAACAAACCAAGCACAAAACCUGAAAAAACAAAUCAGAAAUCAUUGACAUAAAUACUACUAAAGGAAAGGUGGAGGCAGGGAGAGUAUGCAAAGACCCAACAGCUGUGUUUCAGUUCAGCACAGCUUUCUGUUUUGCUCUGUCAAUUCCAGUAAAAUAAGGGAAACUGACAGAAAAACAUCCAAUGUCUGUCUUUUUAUCAGUGACUCGAACCCCUUCCUCAGGGUUCAUUUGAAAAGUCUUUUAUAUUAUGAUUGAUUAAAAUGACAUUUAAGUCUCUGAAUGUUCAAAUCCUCCAGAUUCUUCUUUAGCUUUGACACACUGGACCAUCCUAUAUGAAGGACCAGGGGCGUCACUAGACCUAAUACUGUACUGGGGCACACCUGGGGCACAAAAAAUUCACAAGAGUACGCAAAGUGCGUGAGAAAAAAAGCAUAUUCAGCACUUAUUUAUCAUAAAAAAUCCCACCCUUGUGACAAAAAAGUCACCUGACCAAAAAGCAUUCUGUAAGAAACUGGCAGGUUUUUUGUUUUCUAAAAAAUUAUUUUCUGUUUUUUCCUCAUAUGGGAGGUUUUGUAUUUCUGCCAUAGAUAUUCAAAAUCAAAUGACUCAGGGGCAAAAAAAGAAAAAAAAACAUGAUUGGGACAUCAUUCAUUGAUAGUCAACUCACCUCCACUCUUGCUCAUCAACUUUCAUCUCUCCCUCACCUCUUCCAACACUCUGUUGUUCCACUUUGUUUGGACAGACAUGAAAAUAUAUAUAUAUAAAAUGUUUUUCUUCUUGAAGAUAGGCCAUUUGAGAACCACUGCACCAUCCAUAGGCUAUAUCUGUCAACUAACACAAGCUUACUCAAAAUUAUCAUUGAUGCAGAGGUCCAGAGCAGAACAUAACCAUCAUUAUGUUUCAUGCUGAUGAAACUCACUGGAAAUUCCCCCCACAGCUCGUACAGCAAAUUAAUAUGGUUGUCUUGAUACAAGGAAUAACUUUAGCUAACUUAGCAUUAAUUUAAGACAGACUCAUGUUUCCUAGCUAGCUAGGGCUUCACUUACCUCUCUCAUUCCUCGCUGCUUUAUCCCUGCUGCGGGCGAAUUACUUUCUGAUAUCCAUCUAGGAGUUACAGUUCGAGUCAAAUCAAAAUCAAAAUAAUAUUUUUAACAAGUUGUUAUCGGCUAGCGUUACCUACCUCACGCAGUGAUUCUCAUCGCCUGCCUCUCUCUCUCUCUCUUCUCUCUCUCUCUCUCUCUCUCUCUCGCUCUCUAGACUUCGAGUUGACACAGAAGUAUUAUCAACCAUGCUAUGUAGACUUAAAACUCUGAAGGGAUUUUUUUUUUUAUUGGUGAAAUUUUUGCAGAUCAAUACUGGGGCACGUGCCCUAGUGAAAUCUGUCUGGCGACGCCGCUGUGAAGGACCCAUGAGUCUUUGGGCCAACUAAAAAAAAAUGUCAGUGUUGACUUUGCACAAUUCAUUAAAUACAGGUAAAGGUACAUUACUACAUUAACACUGAACAUCAUUAAACGAGUUCUCUUGUUCCCUUCAGCUCACAGAGAGACAUCAGAUGACUGUCGCAGCUGUCUGGAGUGUUCUCGUGACAACGGCUGUGUGCGUUGCCCUGAGCGACUCUUCCUGUUCCUGCAGAGAGAUGGGAUGUCUCACCACGGCACCUGCCUCCAUGCCUGCCCCGCCGGGCACUACGGCCAGAGAGGGAAGGACGUCAACCGCUGCAUGAGUAGGAGUUUUUUCUUUCAGACUACUUCACUUCAAAAACAAAUGAGUUAUAACUCCUGAGGUCCAAACUAAAGGGGAGAUGAUUUUUCUUCACUAAGAGAAAUAACAGAGAAGUUCCUAAACAGACAGACAGACACAGUCGUUCCUCGAGUGAAAUUCACUCGGCCUAAUUCAUCCCAUAAGUUUGUUGUGCCAACAAUGGUUUAGAAAACACACAAGAAUAUAAAGUUUUUGUCUCGUCUCCUAAAAUGAUUCAGAGAUGCUUCAGUAUCCUGAGACAGUUUCAUCAUGUCAGGCUUUGGAGCAGGACUUCCUGCAGUAUCACCCAGUUUGCAGAGUUUGUUUCAAAGCUUUUUAGUUUAUUUUCAUCCUAAAGUAAAGUGUAAAAUAAAUAGAGUAUUUCCUCUCCCUCCUUUGCCUCCUGUCAGAGUGCCGCUCUGCAGACUGUGAGCACUGUUUCAGUCGGGAUUUCUGCACUAAAUGUAAACCGAGCUUCCAUCUCUACAAAGGGAAGUGUCUGAGCCACUGUCCACCGGGGACCUUCGCCCACCACACAGACUGUUUCGGUGAGUAAAGGCAGACAUCAUCAGACUCUCCUUCUGCUGCACCACUCUGUCUCUUUUUCAUCUUAGAAAAAGAGGAUUUCUACAGAGUUAUAAUGCUGCUCAACUUCUGGGUAAAACAUGUAAACUCUGGAUCAUCUGCAGGACAUUUAAGUUUGUAUGAAAGUCAAACCAUGAAAAGUUUCCUUUCGUGUGAUUUUAGUUUUUUUUUUUUUUUUUUUUUUGAAUGGGUGUGUAUGUAGUUUGAGGACUUUUUGAUCCAGCCUCUAGUGGUCAUUUGAGAAACUGCAGGUUGUGGCGAUUUGGCCCUGGCUUUGUAGUCCUGUGUUGUAUGUAGCUCUGAUGGAGGUGACAGACCCUCUCUCUUAAAUCAUGUGUUUGUUCUGAUCUGUAAAUCCUGUCGGUCUCUAGGGGUGGAAUUAUCCUGCACAGAAGCAGCAGGGAGGCCGGGUUCAGAGUUCGUUUAGCUGCACACGUCGUCUUUGAUUGUGGUUUGUGAUUUUAUCUCACAUUUAGUAGAUUUCAAUCAAGAGUUUUAAUAGACUCCGCCUGCGUUAGUGAACUACAGCUGCUCUUGCAGUGGACUGAGAAACCAGGAACCAAAUCUUGGAUUAAACACAGAACCAUAUGGAUCAGAUUAUUCUUCUCAGGGAAGUGACAUUAUUACAUUAACAAACCCACAGUUUCUAUCUGAAAUAUGUUAAAUAUUUCCUUCAGGGACUCAUUUCCUAUCUCUCUCUGUCUCUGCGCACUCAUCCACUCCAGUUCUCACUCUUCAUUUUUCAUUUCUCACCUUCAUCUGUUCUUUUCUGGAGCCAAACCUUUAAUCCAACCCAUGAUUCACCUUAAACGUCCUCGGAGAGAUAUUAGGAUUCAUCUUCAUAUUUCUCUGUGGAUCAUCCCUCCUUUCUAAAUAAGUGAGAUAAAUAGUAGGAAUCACUCAUUGUUGGGAGGAUUAAGGACUCCAAAUCCCCCCCCUCCCCCCCAGCCCCUCUGUCUGCUGUCCACCUGCAACAUCUGCAGCUACUGCUGCUCGUUGGCAGCGCGAGCACAUCUGCUUCUCGUGGUGAUGUUGAGGUUUCAUGUCUGACUGUGGGUACACACCUCGAGCUACGGGAAACCUUUUCAUUUCUGAGCCUGGGUCUAACAUGAUAAUGAUGAUUAGAGGAAAUGUUGGCAUGGAUCAUGUUUUUUUAGUUGUAGAGCGCGUUGGAAAGAACUGCAGCCACUGAUUUUGGUGAAUGACAUCAGAAGCGGCGACUGUGAGUGUAUUAAUGCUUCAUCUGGACUUCAUCUGCUGUUAAUGAUUUCACUGUGUUUGCCAGAGGUCAGGAGAAAGCAUUAGUCUUUAUAUGUUCUUAGCUCACUGAGGAUUUUUGGUUCAGAUUCACUGAUUUAUCUUCAUUAUCUUAGAGCGUGUGUGUCUCUGAUCACUGAAAACGUGGACCUGAAACAUUAACAGGUGUGCUAGUAAAAAAAAAAAAAAGAAAGAAAAAAAAAAGACAUUUUCAAGAUAAAGGGGGAAAAGCUGAAAUCAAAAAAGACGGAAAAUGAGGAAAUAAAUAAAAUUUCUCAGCAGGACUUUUCUACUUCAGAGCCACGCUGGUUUGUCAUUGUCUGGAUGGCAGUAUACAUUGCCAUGGUUACCUCAGAUCAGCUCAUGUUUUUGUCCCUCCUCCUUUCCGGUAGAUAACUGCCUCCUGGCUCCGCUGGGAGAGUGGAGCGACUGGAGCACCUGUCUCCGCGAGGGCGCCACCUGCGGCUUCAGGUGGGGAAAGCAGACCAGGACCCGGGGGAGCUUGACGUCGGACAGGACAUCUGAAGAGAAACCAGAGUCGCUCUGCCCUUUACACAGCGAGACACAGAGGUGCAGGAUGAAGAAAAAAUGUCCAACAGGUAAGUCAGGGGACGAGAACACAUCCGCACAGGUGCAAACAGGUGCAGAUUGAGCUGAUAUCACACAAUCCGACAUAAAAACCAACAAUAACAACUUCAGCUGGAGCCACCUGUUUCUGAUCAUCACAGGGUUUUACAGCUGA